AGGAAGUGUAACAGAGAGAAGAGAAAAUACACAUCUAAGAGGAGACGCAAAGAUUCAGGGAGGAGCUGAGUUGUUACUGAACUAUAGAGGAGAGAGGAGCUUCCAUAAUAGAGUUCAAGAUACGAACCAUUAACAUGACCUUUAUUCAACAUGCUGUCACUGCAUCACUCUGUAUUUUCUCUGCUGCUUCUUAACACUCUAACAGGCAUCAACUGUGAAGAACUGACUCCAGUCAAGACUGAAGAGUUCACUUCAGAACACACGUCUGUCUCUCUGUCCUACAAAUAUCACACAACAAUAGCUGUUGGUGAUGAUUUCUUCUGGUAUCGACAACAUCCAGGAAAACCACCAGAGUUCCUUAUUUACAUCUCAGGCUCUAAUUUUACAAAACCAGCAGAUUCUCUAAAAAAAAAAAGAUUCUUCACUCAACUGUCUGAAGACAAACAUGGAGUCAAACUUCAGAUCAACUCAGCUGCAGUGACAGACUCUGCUGUUUACUACUGUGCUGUGAGGCCCACAGUGACAGGAAACACCACAAAUCUGUACAAAAACACUACAUCCACUAGAGGGAGUCACAUACUGUUACACCUCAGUGGUUUCUUAUGUAACAGCUGUGAAGAUGAUAUUACUGCCAACAGAGCUGCAGUGUUUUCAGCAGAAGGUCAAACUGUCUCUCUGUCCUGUAACUACUCAGUGAAAGCUGAAAAUCUCCAGUGGUAUCGACAGGAUCCUGGAUCUGCUCCUCACUAUCUUCUCAUGAUCACUGACACUAAAGAGCCUGAGGUUUUGAAAGCUGCAGCUGUGAACUCUCGACUGACUGCUGAACUGAACCAGGAGAGAAACCAAGUUUAUCUGCAGAUCAACUCAGCUGCAGUGACAGACUCUGCUGUUUACUACUGUGCUGUG